AUGCCCCGGUCUGCAAAUGGUACUGGUGGUGGGGGUGCGUCCACGACGGGAUACGAUGCUGUACCUGUAUGUGCAUUCUGCAUAGAGCUUUUGAACAUCACUGCUGCUGGACGACAUCAGCUUAAGACGAUGUCGCUUGCGAAACUGAAGAAGUACAUCAAUUCGUAUAACAUCAAGAUCGACCGUGCGGUGGAGAAGGACGAUCUCAUUGACGCCAUCAUCUCGGCCAAGGCUCCAAAUGGGUGUUUACCUCCGGCGAACGAGAACUAUUACAGAAAAUACUCUGUGCCGAAUAAACCGCCUGGGCGCGCGCGUGGAUUUUUUUCUCGUCAACAAGGCCCGAGCUCUGCGCAGAAUACCCCGCCCCCAGUCCCGCCACGUAGUGCGGACAACAUGCCCGAGUUUGCGCGGCCUGAUUUAGCGCCGGAUGGCCCUCCGCCGCCUCCGCCUCCGCCUCACGCGACAUACCCACCGCCGCCCCCUCAGCAGCAACAACAGCAACAGGGCUACAACUGGCAGCAUCACCCACCGCAACCGCCGCCGCGUCCACGUUCAGCGUACGGGAACUCGGCGCCGCCACCACAGCAACCGGCGCCUGGGUUCGGUUACAAUCGGCCUCCCCCGCCGCCACCACAGCAGCAGUACCACCAACAGCAAGCUCCCCCACCGCCACCGCCUCCGCAUCACUCACGCCCGCCUCCUCCGCAGAAUUAUCAGACGCGCCCGACACCGCGAUACCCCAGCCAGCCUCCCCCGCCCCCGUCACAUACGCACCCACAGUCGUUCCCCCACGCGUAUAGUUAUGGGCAUGCGCAUCCGCCGCCACAGCCGCAAAAUCAGUAUCACUAUCAUCAGUACACCCAACCUCCGCCGCCGCCGCCCCGACAGCGCGCUGCGUCGACACCUUCGCAUCCACCUGCGGCUGCAACACCGACUCCCCCUCCCCCUCCCCCGCCGACGCUUGAUGAGCUACUUGCUAUGCCCACCUCCGAUAUAUCAGCACUGAGCAUCUCGGCGCUUAAAGCUAUCCUCUUCACGAACCAUGUUCCUGCGGGACAUGGGCAGAUCCUGGAGAAGGGUGAUCUCGUGCGUAAGGUCGUCACACUGGUGGAGGACGAGCGGGCUGAGCGCGAGCGGAUGCGGAGGAUUGAGGAGAGGGAGGAGAUGGAGAGGUUGCAGCGGGAGCAGGAGAGACGGGAGGAGGAGGAGCGGGUGAGGAUGGAGAGGGAGGAGGGGGAGAGGGAGCGGGAGAGGCGCGCAGCGGAGAGGGCGAGGAUGGCGCAGAUGGAUGGGAGUGGCGGUGCGAGCGCGAGUGCGAGUGGGGAGGGAGAGGGAGGUGCUGGGGAGGCUAUGGUUACCGACGAGCCGUCGGCUUCCGCGGCGGACAGUGCGCCCCAAGCGCCUACUCCAACGCCCGCACCUGCGCCUACGCGUGCCCCGCCGAAAACGCAGGGUUCGGCGUCGACGCUUGAGCGUACGGGGCUCUGUGUUAUUUGCCAGGACGAGGAAGCGAAUAUCGCCAUUGUGGAUUGCGGACAUAUGGCGAUGUGCAGAGGAUGCUCAGAUCUCGUUAUGGCAAGCUCACGCGAGUGCCCACUAUGCCGCACGCGGAUUGUGACAGAGGCACGGUUGCUGAGAAUCUUCAAGACAUAA